CUUUAAGAUAAUCGACAAAUAUCUUGCCUACAUUAAAAAGGAGAGAAAAAAUGGCCGGCAAAUUUGUAUCUACACUCGUUCCACUUUUGGCUCUAGUCUGCGUCGCAGCAGCUUUAAGAACCGCUAAUGAUGAUUUUGUUAUUGGUCAAGAUGAUUCUAAUGUUGUCUUAAAUUGUGCUGAUUCAAAAUCAAUUGCUGUUAAAUACUGGAAUAUGUGCGGUCUCAAAAUCCAACUGUCAUCUUGUCCUCUUCCAUCUAUUACCAAGAGAUUUGCUACCGCUGAAGAUGAUGAGAAAUUUUACAACGCUUUGGAAGCUAAAAAGAAUCGUGAUAUCAAAUUUGAUGGUAUUUUGGAGUCCAUCAAGGCGUCGAAUACUUUCUUAAUGCACAACAAACGCGCUCAUAAUGCUAAGCUUCGUAAUAUCAGGCGUCUCUGUUGUAAGAACACUAUUAUCCCCAACUGCAAUGACCGUAAAUUCUUGGAAACAUGCCCCGGUGGUUCUAGAUUCAAACAAAAUUCAUAUGAUGAAAUUAUCUUCAUCGGUUGCGGUUUGGCAGCUGACGAAUUAGCCCAAGAAGGUUAAAUAGAAUGCACGCCAUAACUUUGCAGCAUGCGAGCAGGACUAUUCAAUUUACCCUAUUAACUUAUUAUAUUCUUGAUGAUUGGCUCUCCAAAAAACGUGUAGAUUAUAAGAUGUGAAGGCAAUAAAAAA